CAAUGUCACACAGGAUUUAUUUCAUAGAGUUUGCAUUAGGGAAGGAUGAACAGAAUGGAGGCUGGUGACAAGAGGGGAAGCUGAAAGCCAGAGAGGAGAGUCAGAACCGGGGAGGAAAUGAGAGGCUGAGUUGGCAGUCCAAGGUUUAGGGAAGGGCAUAUAUAUUUACAUUUUUUUUUUGUUGCAGACAGUGACUAAAGGGGAGGUUUGUCUGUUGGUAGAAGAAGGAAGUCAAAAUAGAGGUGUUGUGGGGUAGGUUUUUUUAAAACAGAAAUCAAAGAUAGACUUUUCUGAGAGAAGAAAUAACACCUGUAAAUGAAAUGCUGUUUCUGCAACUUCCAUUGCUAGCAGUUCUCCUGCCAGGUGGUAACAAUGAAGAUGUCUUCCAGGAGCAGAUCUUCCAAAUCAUCUACACCUCAUCUUUUUACAACCGUUCCUGGACACAAAGUUGGAGCUCGGGUUGGUUGGGAGACUUGCAGACUCAUAGCUGGGAGAGCAACUCGGGCAGAAUCAUUUUCCUGAGGCCUUGGCCUGGGUCAAAGGGAAACUUCAGCAAGAAGGAGAUGACAGAAAUGGAAGGGUUUUUCCGCAGACUCUACAUUGAAUUGUAUUACAUAUUUCACAACUAUGCCAGCCAAUGGAAGUUUGAAUAUCCCUUUGUGGUACAGAUGGCAGCAGGCUGUGAGCUGCACUCUGGGGAAGCCAAGGAAGGCUUUGUGUGGUUUGCUUAUCAAGGAUCAGAUCUCCUGAACUUCCAGAAUUAUUCGUGGUUGCCAUCUCCAAAGGGUGGAACUGGAGCUCAGCAGGUGUGCGGACUAUUUAAUCAGGACCCGGUUGACAAUGAAAUAACACACAGGCACAUCAGUGACACUUGUCCACGUUUUCUCUUGGGUCUACUUGAUGCAGGGAAGGCAGAUCUCCAGAGACAAGUAAGGCCAGAGGCUUGGCUAUCCAUUGGCCCCAAUCCUGGUUCUGACCAUCGGAUGCUAAUUUGUCAUGUCUCUGGCUUCUACCCAAAGCCGAUUUGGGCUAUGUGGAUGCGAGGUGAGCAGGUACAACAAGGCACUCAGCGAAGGGAUGUCUUGCCCAAUGCUGAUGGGACAUGGUAUCUCAGGAUUUACUUGAAUGUGGAAACCAUUGAGAGAUCUGGCCUGUCUUGCCGAGUGAGACACAGCAGUCUAGGAGGCAAGGACAUCAUCCUCUACUUGGAACAUCAGAACUCCGUGGGCUUGAUUAUCUUGGCAGUGAUGGUGCCCCUGGUGCUUCUGAUAGGUCUUGCAUUUUGGUUUAGGAAGCGCUGGACGCACUGUGAAUGACCUCCUGUAACUCUUAUUCCCUUGAAACGAGAUUCCAGCCACUGAGGGGCUCAGGACGCAGAAUGGUGAUGAUGUCCUUUCAAUUCUCCUUGUAUAACUUUAUUUUCGUGUGCAUGUUUAUGCUUAGUGAUAAGUUGUUAAUACAAGCUAAAUGUAAUUUUGCAGAAAUUUUUUUCUGAUCUGGAGUCUGAGAUUUUAAAACUCAUAUUUUAACUCUGGCUGGAAUGAGGUUCUAGUAACCUCUAGAUUUUCAAAAAUUAAUGAAUCUCCAGCCCAUUUCAGAUGUCACUUCCUUCUGGAGGCCUUACUUAAUCACAAGUGGAAGCAGUGUCUGAACUCCAAUCACACUUUCAGUGUACUUGUUAAAUCUACUUCUCACUUUCUAUCUUUUGUUGCAGCUAUGUAGAUCCCUUUACCUCUGUAAUUUGUAAGCUUCUUGAGAGCCAAGUCUGUGUUUUUUAAUAUUGUGUCAUUGACAGAGUGUACUAAAUACAAGUAUUAUUUUCUCACUAAAAA